AUAAUAUGUGUUCAUUAGGACGUCAUGUACGAGUUGUGAGUUUGUGUGUGAAGAUAUCCUCGUCGUCAUUGUUCAACUACGCACCAGCAUCUCCGAUUCAUUAGGAGAGUUCUUUCGUCCCAAAUCAGAUUUGGAUCAUCGUCAAGAAAACGCUACUGUAAUCUGAAAAAACCCUCAAGAUUUUCUUGGCUACUAAUCUUCUACCCUCGAUCCCUGCUCCGAUUCGGAACACCUGACGCAAUUCGAUCGAUCUUUUCAAGAAAAUAUAGGCUUCCCAUCAGUCGAAUUGUCAUGGAAUGUACAUAGCGUGGAUUUCAGUUUCUUUCAGGCAUAUCAUCGAACAUUUGGUGUGCUUUCGGACAGACUAAAUUGUUGGAUCGUGACUAAAUUGGAGUAAUGUCGCUCCCGUUAAUGAAACUUGGGACGCUUGCACUAAGAACCCUAAGCAAACCCAUUGCCAGUAGACUUAAAAAAGAAGCCGCCAUUAACCCCAAAUUUCGAACCUCCAUUAUCGGCAUUGCUCAGGCAAAUCAUAGGCUCACAACAACGUUACAAAGGAGAAUAUAUGGACAUGCAACGGAUGUUGAGAUUAGACCUUUGAAUGAAGAAAGAGCUGUUCAAGUAGCUGGGGACCUUAUUGGAGAGCUUUUUGUUUUCACGGUUGCUUGUGGUGCCUUGAUUUUUGAGGUGCAAAGAAGUGCUAGAUCAGAAGCUAAAAGAGAAGAAAUUCGUAAGCGAGAAAUAGAGAUUAUGAGGCAACGAGAUGAAGAUAUAGCAAAACAAAUGGAGUUUCUUAUGAAAAAGCUCGAAGAACUUGAAAAAGCCACCAAAGGAAAAACAUUGACUAGUAGUCAAACCAACAAUGUCAAGUGAACGAAAUCAUUCUCUUGAUUUUUGUUUUUCUAACCAUUGAUUUGGCUACAAAAUAAUUCAAUUAUAUUUGAUUCUUGAUUGAUGUGUAUUGGAC